ACUUCCCCGACCUGUCACGUAAUACUCCAUGAAGGUAGCCUUGACCAUUCUAGCCAGCGACUUGUGGGGCUCUGUGCACGACGUUCAAGGACUCCCUGAUCUAUAUUCCCAUUGUUGAAGCUACUAUUGCUCAACGGUUGUUAAUCCAGGAAUCUUCAGUCAUGUUUGUUUCCCAGAAAAACAACGUCUUCAUAGCCUCCACACAAUCAUCGGUGGAUUCGCUCGUCACAAGCAGGUCAACCUCGACUUCCGUCUCUGAUGUUGGGGCGUCUCAGAGCUCAGAAUACUCUUCCUAUGGAGAUCCUCACUCACCAGAGCAGCGCGUAGGAUCACUGCAUGGAAAAAGACACUCCGUUUUUACUUUGCGAUCCCGCAGUAACACGGCGACUUCAAUGGCCUCUUUUGCACCUCCAUCCUCACCGAACAUGUCUGGGUAUGACGCCUCGUCAAGUCGGUCGCUUUUCCGGAGCAAAAAGGGCAAAAGAUCGAGUGCGUCAUUCUCGCAAGCUCACGACCACGAGGAGCCGCCACCAGGGACUAGAAGAUCAUCUAUGCUGCGUAAGAGCAAGAAGCAGACUGAUCAAGCAGAGAGCUCCGCGCAACACCUGAAGAGCCUGAUUUCAAACCCCUUUGACUUUCAGCAUCUUACGCACACCAAUCGGCAACAUUUCGCUGCCCUUGAAGAAGCGACCGAAAACGAGCUUGCUGCUGGAUUCCGUGCGGUUCGAGCCUCGCAAGCACCCUGUCGUGAUCUUAACGGGAUUAAGACGCAGGAUUUGUUGCAUUCUUCAAACUGUUCAGAGGAAGAUCUAACGAACACUGAGCGACGGUCCAUUUCUGCCAUGGAGCUCAGACCGCCUCCCGAUUUCAUCGACCACGUUAUCGAAUCGCAAGAGCCUGCCGCGUCCCCGGAAAGCUCGGUGCGACCACCGCUGCGCCAAACUCGUUCUGUUGAGAGCUUCUCCCGACCAGUCGUCAAUGCUCGUACGCAUCGCCACACUCAGUCCGCGAACCCACCACCGCGAGGGUCAUCUCGCAAUCCGGCCGCCAGUCACGAUGCUCAAGACACUGUCACGAUGCGUACAAACAGACAAUCAGGUGUGUGGGACAACGCGGCUCCGUUGAGUCCUACGCGCAUGGGUGGGCUACUCCCUACUAUGGCUGAAGAGCCCGACUGCGUUGGUCACGCCCUCACUACGCCCGACGAUUCGGCCAUACAUCCUUUCACUCCUCCGUUCAGUCCUGCCCUGGAAGAUGUUGCAGAAGAGCCAGAGCGCUUCGUCAGCCCUAGGCCUGCACCCCUACCACCGAACAAAUCCCCGAAAUCCCCUCGCUCGCCCUCGCAUGGAUCCUUCUCCUUCAGCCAACGAUCUCCUGUCGCUAAAACGCACGCUCGGAGGGAUUCACACGUGCUACCAAAUCAACUGAAUAUACAGACAAUCGCGCGGCCUGUAGCGCCGAUGUCGGAGGCCCACGUAUCUCCUGGUCUAUCCCGUAAAAACUCAAUUAGGAAGCCGUCUAAUGCUCAAAGAAAGUCGAAUACGUGGAAAGUGAUAGAAGAAUCCUGGGAGGAUGACAUCGAUUACAUAUAUGACAACGCCCUCGAGGCCGAGUGCGAGCUGGAUUGGGAUGGAAACAACCAAGACCGUAAUCGUGCGCCUGGGCAACAAGCUCACCGACAAGCGACAGCUAUCCCGUCAAAUCCCAGCGCAGUAUCGACACCAGUGCUUGAAGAUGAGCCACCCUUGACUCCAGGUUUAUUCGCCAGCAACUUCCGUGCAUCACUGCUGGUCCCAAACAUGAACAACGUCCCUGAAUUGGAACCAAGGUCCGCCGUCUCCAGCUCCACGACGAGUGUGCAGACACCUUCCGAUUACUUCAAUCCCCAGGGCCCGUUCGGUGAAGCCGGCCGCUUUAGUUUCACACCGUCGGUCCUUGGGUCAGCGGAGUGCAAAGAUCAGAUUCCUCGCGAAGAUAUGUACGACAACCUUCUGGCAGAUUACGAGGGAUCAGACAAGCACUUCCCACUCCUUGAACCAACUCGCAGCGUUGCCAGCUCGACGCGUAGUAGUCACGUCCGAACCAGCAAGAGCUCCUACGACAGCAGCGUCAUGUCUAAUGGCCAUGGCUCAGGCUCAUGGACCGCAGGCAUUCGUCGCUCUGCGGGCUCCGCGGGGAGCCUUCCAGAGCUUGUUCACUCCUCUCGGGCCCCUCGCCAGGACCUCUCUCCAGUGGUUGACCAGAUUUCCGAGGACAUGGGUUCAUUCGCCUUCCAGGACGAGAAUGAUGAAGAUGAUGAGGCAACUCCGCCAGGUCGCAGUCCGCAAGGACGGACCUUCUUCGCCUCGAGCGAUGAAUACGAACCCGCAAACUUCGCACAGACUACGCUUGACGCAGAGAUGAAGGAUUCACUUGAGCUGGCUCUUCAGGGCUCCACUGGCUCUUCGUCUCAGUCUCGAACGCACCACAAGUACGCAUCUUCCGACGGCGCUGCUAAGUUGCUCGCUUCAAACAGCACAGCUCGUACCAGAGCCGGCAGCGUGCCACAGAAAAGUCGAGGUCAAUACCUCAGCCUCUUUCCCACCCCACCCAAGCACUAGGCGACCCCUGCGGGGAUCUCCCAACUACUGCUGAACCGUUCAGCACACGCAACACAGUACACUUGCUUCGUUUCAUAUGACGUCACGGCUUUGCAUUGCUUCUUGUAUAUCCUUAUGAUCACGAUUGGUUUGGUUGUUCUCUCGUUUGUCAACAUCGAAAAGGUUUGGAGUUAUCCUAAUUGGCGUGGAAAGACAAAAGCUAAG